AUGUCGUCGAUAAUUUAUGACCCAUUUGUGGUUAACAGUUUGCCAAGGCUACCUCCAAAGACAGACGUUUUCAAAUCUUGUGUCUCAUCUCAAAUAAAGGAUGCAAAUUCAAAUAGUUUUGAUGUUGCAAUAAGUGGUUCAUACCUUGCAACGUUUAUAACUCGCCCAUCACCUAAAAUGAUCUGGUCCUAUGCUUUAUCUCCACAGACCAUAGUCACGUCAAUGGAUUCGUUUGAUUUCGAAGAAAUCAGUGAUAAUCAAAAGUUUCAACAUAAUCAUCAGGUAACAGAUGGUAAAAUAUUUGCAGUUGGUAUCAACGAAAGGAAAGCUAACAAACUGAGGUUUAUCUCUUAUGGGACUGAGGAAAAGAAGUCCAGUAGUCUCGAUGAUGAAAAUCAAAGUAGUUCCUUGUCUACAGUUAAUGAAGAAGACAAACAAUCAAAUGAAAUGGAGCAUAUAAAAGAGGUCAAAGAUAGAUCAAUCAACGUAGAUGAUAAAAUUGCUGGCUUGAAAUUCUCCAAGAACUCGAAGUACGUCUAUUCAGUAUCUUCAAAUGGUACAAUUUCGGUUUACAAAUUCUCAGUUGACAGUGGUGACGAUGAGAAUCCUAUAUUUAAAAGAAAAGCCGAAUCUUCUAGAAACAAGGCAUCUGUCAUAUUUCAUCAAUUUAUUAAACCUGAAGAAUUGAAGGUUAACUCACGCAAUGAUAAAAUCGACUAUUUGUUGAUUACAGCAGAGAAAACUGAAUCUCAGAGUUCAAUUGAUGUAUCUGUCUUUUCAAUUAACGAUGACGAAAUCUUAGAAAUCUCAAAAUCUACAAUCGACUCAUUAAAUGAUGUUAACAAUAUCCACAUUACCUAUGAUAUAUCUGGGAAAUUGAUUAUUCUUGAAAAUGAACCAAAAUUGACUAUCAAAGCAUAUGAUUUGCCGUUUGUAAAUAAUGGACAUAGAAUCGAAAUUGGCGGCGUUUUCAAACAUGAACGGAAAGAUUCUCCAACUUCGGUUGCAUGUGCAUCGAGUAAUCGGAUUCUAGUUACCAAGGGUAGUACUGUUGCGUUGAUAGACAUCCAAUAUGAAGCGCUCUUGUCAUCUUUAGAUUUAUACUCUAGAUCUAAAGACACAGAUAAUUUGAAACCCCCUAGGGAUGCGGUUCUUCUAAAUGUUCCAAGCGUUAAUGGUAAUACACUCAAAUCUAAGAAAACGUUUGCCUUAUUAAUAUUGAAAAAUACAAAAGAAAAUUACUCUCAAAUUCAACAUGUCUCCAUAGAUGUUGGUUUAGGUAAACUAAGAGACGCACUAGUUUCUUUGCCAAGCGUCGACGAUUCUCAAUCCGACCAAUUUACUAGUUUCACCAGCUACUUCACCAAACAAGAUCAGCAGCAUAGUGGUGUCAACAAAUCGGAGGCUGAGAAAUUAAAUUCUCAAAUCAAUCAAUCUAACGAUGAAUUGGGUGAGGUAUACUCUAAACUAGUUGAAAUCAAGAACUCAGGUGACGUGAGGUUGCUUGAGAAUAGCAUCGUCUCAUAUCUAAAGAAUAAACCAUUUGGGGAAUUGUUUGAAGAUGGUGAGUUUAAAGCUUAUGAGUAUGAAAAGGAUAGAUUUGUUGACCCUAAGUUUUUCACACAAUUAACGUUGCUUUUGUUUGAGCAUGACAUAAAGACCGACACAAUAACAUUGGACGUAUCUAAUGAAGACUCAAUACCGGAAUACGGAUUAACGUAUAUUCUCACACAUCCCCUCUUUCCGAUAAAAUAUUCACACGGUUUAUUAAGAUUAUUAGAGCCUCUUCCAAGAUUACAAAGACAGGCCAUUGUUACAUGCGCCAAUAUUCCUUGUGGGGAUUUCAUAAUGGAACUAAGCAGCUGUGAAAAUGAUGAGAUCUUUAAAGACAUCAUGACGAGAUUGAACGACGAGUUUUCAGGGGAGGAGAUUACCAAGGAAACCAUGAAGAUUAUGAGACAACAAUCCCACGUUGGCAAGAAGGACUCCUUUAAUUUGGAUAGGAUCAUCAACAAGAUUAUCAAAUUGAACUUCGGAUUUGAAGUCUUGAAUUCAUUUAUAGAUUCCAAUGGCUUAAUAUUGAGUUUACAUUAUUCAAAUGAUGACCACCAAUUGUCUAAAUUGAUAAAGCAAACACAAUUGAAGGUGGACUCUUUAAUUGAGGAUACACAACUAUUGACACUGGUGAACCAAUGUCUGACUAAUGCAGAAGCGUCGAAACAAGGUAAGGCCUCUAAAUCCUCAAAGAAAUACAAAAGAAAGGAUAAAAAGAAGUCUGAAGCCCAUGAAAACGGCGAGCAGAGUAUAGAAGUUGGCCUAAGCAAGCUGGACAUGAUACUCAAAGUUGGAACAGAAAGUCAAGGCUCUAAGAAAAAGACCAGAUCUUCCACUUAUACCAUUGAUAGGCUUGUGAUCUGA